GUGCGGUGCGCGACGGGGGCGGGCGGGGGGCGGCGUCCUGGCCAUGGCCGGCCUGUCGGACCUGGAACUGCGGCGGGAGCUGCAGGCCCUGGGCUUCCAGCCAGGACCCAUCACCGACACCACCCGGGAUGUCUACCGCAAUAAGCUGCGCCGCUUGCGGGGCGAGGCCCGGCUGCGCGACGAGGAGCGGCUGCGGGAGGAGGCCCGGCCGCGGGGCGAGGAGCGGCCGCGGGAAGAGGCCCGGCUGCGGGAAGAGGCCCGGCUGCGGGAAGAGACCAGGCUACGCGAGGAUGGGCCGCUGCGCGCCCGGCCCGCCACGGCCUCUCUGCGGGCGGAGCCCUGGCUCUCCCAGCCGACCUCCGGCUCGGCCUACGCGACUCCUGGGGCCUACGGCGAUAUCCGGCCCUCCGCGGCUUCCUGGGUAGGGAGCCGCGGCCUCGCCUAUCCUGCCCGCCCGGCGCAGCUCAGGCGCCGCGCCUCGGUCCGGGGCAGCUCCGAGGAGGACGAGGACGCCCGGACGCCCGACAGGGCCGCGCAGGGCCCGGGUCUCGCGGCCCGCCGCUGGUGGGCAGCGUCUCCCGCCCCGGCGCGGCUGCCUUCCGCCCUCCUCGGCCCCGACCCGCGCCCGGGCCUGAGGGCUACUCGAGCGGGCCCUGCUGGCGCGGCGCGGGCCCGGCCCGAGGUGGGGCGCCGGCUGGAGCGCUGGCUGUCUCGGCUGCUGCUCUGGGCCAGCCUGGGGCUGCUGCUCGUCUUUCUGGGCAUCCUCUGGGUGAAGAUGGGCAAGCCCUCGGCGCCGCAGGAGGCGGAGGACAACAUGAAGUUAUUGCCAGUGGACUGUGAGAGAAAAACAGAUGAGUUCUGUCAGGCCAAGCAGAAGGCAGCCUUGCUGGAGCUGCUGCACGAACUCUACAACUUCCUGGCCAUCCAAGCCGGUAAUUUUGAGUGUGGAAAUCCAGAGAAGCUAAAAAGCAAAUGCAUUCCUGUUAUGGAAGCCCAGGAAUAUAUAGCCAAUGUGACCAGCAGCUCCUCCGCCAAGUUUGAAGCUGCACUGACCUGGAUACUGAGCAGUAACAAGGACGUGGGCAUCUGGUUGAAAGGAGAAGACCAGUCUGAAUUGGUGACGACCGUGGACAAGGUGGUCUGCCUGGAAUCUGCCCGUCCCCGCAUGGGUGUCGGCUGCCGCCUGAGCCGCGCCCUGCUCACUGCUGUUACCAAUGUGCUCAUCUUCUUCUGGUGCUUGGCUUUUUUGUGGGGACUCCUGAUUCUCCUGAAAUAUCGGUGGCGGAAGUUGGAAGAAGAGGAACAGGCCAUGUAUGAGAUGGUGAAGAAGAUUAUAGACGUGGUCCAGGACCAUUAUGUGGACUGGGAGCAGGACAUGGAGCGCUACCCAUAUGUAGGCAUCCUGCAUGUGCGUGACACCUUGAUCCCUCCACAGAGCCGGAGGCGCAUGAAGCGUGUCUGGGAUCGAGCUGUGGAGUUCCUGGCCUCCAAUGAAUCCCGGAUCCAGACGGAGUCCCACCGCGUGGCCGGAGAGGACAUGUUGGUGUGGAGAUGGACUAAGCCCUCUUCCUUCUCCGACUCAGAACGAUAAGCCCGGGCAGGGACUUGUUCCCGGUCAGCCUGUCCCAGGACAGUCCACUCCAGGGAUGCGAGAGGGUCACCAGGCCUGCUGGUGCUGAAUUCACACUUGCCUUGACUUUCGGCCUCGUCCUGACACGAUUCCAAAGGUCUGCUAGACUCUUAAAGGAACUUGGCUUGCUGGGAAAAUGUGGGCUUCCUUUAAAGGGAGGGGAAAAGCCAGGGUGAUGGCCCAGACUCUGCCCUGUUUUGCUGGCAGAAGAGGGGAGAAGGGUUUGCUUUUGGUGAACAGAAAACAAGCAGCAGCUGACAGGCCCAGCAGACAAGCGUGGGGCUGGUGGGCUGGGGCGUGGCCAUGCCUGGCUUGUCGCCUGGGAGGCAGACAGGGAUGGCAGUUUGGGUGGCAGGGGAUGGGGAGCAGCUUGGUCCAUGUGCCUUCAGGGGAUGUUAUCUGGGAGCUCAAGGGUGAGGGGAGAAAGCCUGUGCGCUGGCCGGCCUCUUCAUCCUGAAGGGGAAGGUGCUAGAAAUUACAACAGUGACUGUAGGGGUACCACCUAGAAACACCGCGCCCUGACACAGGGCCCUCGGGUCAGGAGGAGUGAGCAGCUGGUGCAGCCUCCUGGGAGGAGCCCUUAGUGUGGACGGGCCGAGAGCCGAGAGGAGGGCCGGGUAGCCGUGCAGCUGCGGUCUCCAGGGCAGCCCCAGGGUGGGCGCGCCUCAGUGUUGCUUCUCACAGAAGCUGCGACUCUAGACCAGGUCUGCAACCAGAACUCCGAUUCAGGGAGCUUGGGAGCCCUGCGUCAGGGCCGAGAGCCCCACGUGCUGUGUGCGAAGAUCGCCUUGCUUUACUGUGACCACAGCCCCCACGCGGGGCUGCUUAACCAGAACUUCAGCAGCGCAGCUGGCAUUUCUGUUACCCCAGCCGCAGCUCCUGGAUCGGGCUAGGCGCGGUGGCGGCAGGCUGCCCCCUGCCGGCCACACGGGAGCAGCGCCCGCACCGCCGCCCACCGGCCCUCCCGCCUCUCCUCAGCCCGCUCCCCGGGAGGCAGGCUCCAGAAACACCCCGGCGGGGGGCCUUAGUUAAGUGCGAGAGGCCUCUCCAGCGAGUCUCUUCCCCGUGUGUCGUCAUCUGCAGGAAGCAGGAGAGGGGGAGCAAACAAGAGAUGCCACAGCUGCCUCCAGAAACAUUAAACCACCCCCUCUCUGGUCGUAUUGGUAUUUUUUGUUUCCUUAAUAAAGCGCCAGUCUCCCUCAUUUGAGCAAUACUCUCUCAUUUCCUCUGAUGUCUGGAUGAUCGGCAGGGCUGGAAUCUGAGCGCUGGCCCCGUGGUGAGGCCAUGUUCUCAUAAUCAGGCUCCAGCCAGAAAAAUAAGAAACACCGCAACAGGCUUCAGUAUCAGGGUUGAAACUGCUGGAUGAAUAAACUAUUUAUUAAAAAUGGA